AUGAGCGUGGUGGACACGUCUCCUCCGGCGUGGUACACCUACUACCCACGACCCGUGGUCCCAUCAGUAGCGCAUCCGCGGGACCCGUCCAGCAUGCGCGAGAAGCACUCGAGCCCACGCAAGAUGGUCGCCGUUCCCGCAGUGGUUCCGUGCGUGUCGCCCAAACAGGGUUCCGUGUACCCGGCUCACCACCAUCACCAUAAUCACCGCCGGCACCACGACCAGCCGGACCACCGUCAUCACCGUGACGACGACGGCUCCGCCGCUGACAAUGACGAGGACGAGGACGACGAAGACAUGAUGCCGUUUGACUUAUCGCGCAACGGCGGCAGCUCGCCGUCAUCAUCACCAAGGUCGCCGCUCCGGUCACACCGCAUGUCGCCCGCCGCGUUCAAACCAUACGACGGCAGUGGCGCCGGCGUCAACAACGACCAACCACUUGACCUGCGAGUCGAAUACAAGAAGUCACGCCGCGGUGACGAAAUGGAAGACGAGAACCAGAACCUGAUCAUCAGGACGCCGUCCCCGGAGGACAUUGAAGUCGACAGCCCAGGACCACCGUCCGCUGGCCUGCAGCGUUACGCGCCUCACCACGUCGACCACAACGACCGUGGUGCCGUAGUCCACAGCCCUAGUUCGUCGUCCGACAAGGAAGUUAACGUGACCGACGACCACCAUCAUCACCACCAACACUACCAACCACCCCAACACCAUCAGAACCAGAACCAGCUGCAGCAGCACCAACAGCAACAGCACCUACAGCAGCAGCAGCAACAACAACAACAGCAGCAACAGCAACAGCAACAUCACCGGCGUGGUGGCAUAACCGUCGAAGAUGAACGGCAUCAUCACCAGCGGAUGGUAAACUAUCCGGUGCUGUUCCCGCCGCAGCCACUUCACCCUAUGAUGUUAGAAGCUAUAUACAGGGCAGGUGCUGUGGGUGACAAGUCCCGCAUGCCUUCGUCGCUGGCUGGUUACCAAACGGGUGGUGGUUACCACAGGCCGUCGCAGCAUUAUCCGUUCAUCAACUCACCACUGCUCAACGGGCACCAUCAUGUGCCGCCGCCCACCUACGACGUUGUCCGACAGCCACCGCCGCCUCCGCUGCCACCACCAGUAGCCAGAUCUCCGCAGCAGAAGUCGUCAGCGUUCCAGGAGACGUCUGGAAAACCGAAAGACAGGUACUCGUGCAAGUUUUGCCAGAAAGUGUUCCCUCGCAGCGCCAACCUGACCAGACACCUGCGGACGCACACGGGCGAACAGCCUUACAAGUGCAACUACUGCGAGCGGUCGUUCAGCAUAUCGUCCAACUUGCAGCGGCACGUGCGCAACAUCCACAACAAGGAGAAGCCGUUCAAGUGUCCGCUGUGCGAGCGGUGCUUCGGGCAGCAGACCAACCUGGACCGGCACCUCAAGAAGCACGAGGCCGACGGGCCGACCAUAAUGGACGACCGGCUGUCCUCUUCAGCGGCGGUGGUUGCUGCGGCAGCCGCAGCGGCCGCGGCUGAUCGGAGGCGCCCGUCCCGGGGCCCCGGUGCCGGCGACGAAUCCUACUUCGAGGAGAUCCGAUCGUUCAUGGGCAAGGUGAGUGAGGACGGUAGCAGGUUCGCCGCAGCAGCCGCAGCAGCAGCGGCGGCUGCGGCCAUCGGUCAUCGCCGUGGUGGACAUGCUCAUCUGGCCGGCGGGCGACGACAGUCGACGACGUCCGCCUCGUGCCCAUACCGCCGCGGAUCGGCGGGCGACGCACCUCCGGCCGAAAGGUUCUCGUCCCGGUCGUCUGCCUCGUCAGCAGGUUCCACGGAAUCGUCUUCAGGCCCGGCCGACGCUUCCGCCGCCGCCGCAGCCGCCGAAAAGGAGUGCGUCAACAGCACCUGA